ACCUGACGGGCACAAUCUGGCAAAACUAGACAAUCCUAAGCUAACCUCAACUAUCAAGGAUCAUCAACAAACAUAAUUUGCUGGUAUCAAUUAGCCAACUAGUUUUUACAUUUGUUUACCAAUAAUAAACGCAAUUGUUAAUAAACGCCAAAAUGGACAAUCUAGAAGCCAAUAUAAUGGACAAGUCUAUGAGAUCUGUGUUCGUGGGAAACAUUCCUUAUGAAGCCACAGAAGAGAAACUGAAAGAUAUAUUUGGCGAAGUCGGUCAAGUGUUGUCAUUUAAGUUAGUUUUUGAUCGCGAGACUGGAAAACCUAAAGGAUAUGGGUUUUGUGAAUAUCGAGAUCAAGAAACCGCCUUGAGUGCAAUGAGAAAUUUGAACGGAUACGAAAUUGGUGGUAGAAGCUUGAGAGUGGACAACGCCUGUACCGAAAAGUCGAGAAUGGAAAUGCAAAAUUUACUGAAUCAACCACCUGUGGAGAAUCCGUACGGAGAGCCCGUUCAAGCAGAAAAAGCACCGGAAGCUAUAAGUAAGGCAGUCGCUUCUUUACCUCCGGAGCAAAUGUUUGAAUUAAUGAAGCAAAUGAAGAAUACUAUUCAGAACAAUCCAACUGAAGCUCGUCAAAUGCUGCUGCAAAAUCCUCAGCUUGCGUAUGCUUUACUCCAAGCCCAAGUUGUUAUGAAGAUUAUUGAUCCACAUACGGCUGCUUCAUUAUUGCACCCCAUAAAUCAAGUGCCAGCUACGCUGAUGCCUGGAGACAAAAAUGUUCCAGUUCAAGUACCAAUCAAUCGAGAAUUUCAAGCUGCUCCAGCUCCUGUCGCUCCACCUCGGCAAGAGUUUCAGCCUGUUCCCGCUCCUAUUUUACCUCCAAUGACCAAUCAUAGUGCUCCAGUUUUUACAGGUCAAGAUGUUGAUUUAAGAACCAUGGAUCCUAGAUCAGCCGUGGAUGCACGGCUGAGUAGAAUGGCUGAUCAGGAUAUGAGACAAUUGCCGCCUGCUUCGCUGCCUAAUCCUCUGCCGCCAGUAGGCGAAAACUUUCCUAGGGACUCAAGAGACAUUCGCAGUACUCCGAGCUUUCCUAACGAUCCGAGACAAGGAAGGGUGGAUCCACGUCAAAAACCUUCCCAAUCUAUUCCACCAAUUCUUCCUCCGCAAGCAAUACGACCUCAAGUUAUGCCAGCUGCUCAAUCUCCAGUAACCCCAAUGGCAGCCGUGGGUGCUAAUGGUGGAAUGCCGCCAGGAGCUUCAGACCAAGAAAAGGCUGCUCUUAUAAUGCAAGUACUGCAGCUGUCCGACGAGCAAAUUGCUAUGCUGCCACCAGAGCAGAGAAAAAGUAUUUUGGUAUUGAAAGAGCAAAUCGCUAAGAGUGCACAGGGGCGUUAAGGAACUGAUUUGAAUAAUAAAUAAUACAAUGAUUAAAAUCAUGAAAUAUAAUGCAGAAAUAAUAUAAAGUAAACGUACUAAAUUUAA